GGGGCCGCCCAGCCCGGUGUUGCGGGACCCCGUCAAUAGGGAACGGCGGGUCUGCCGAGGGGCCCCUGAGAGGAUUUGGCCUCGCUUUCCCCCUUCGUCCGUUUAGUUCCCCCUCCGCUCGAUCCGUCCGUUGCUUGCCGAACGGGAGGCGAAGGGUUCCUCUUGCCGGGAAAUGGAGGGCCCUCGUGGGGCCUCUCUUCUACCUCAGGGCGGGACCCGUCGCGGAUUGUGAAACCCGCCCGUCCGCCUGGAGCCUCCCGAGGAAACGAGGGCCUGGGGACUCAGGGUUUUCGGCCCCGCUCGCAGCUGCUGAUCUCGGCAUCCUCCCGACGCCUUAGGAAAGCCUGGAAUUUACUUGCGGGCUGCUGCUGUUGCUGCCCAACUUGAACGGGGUGCUUCCCGCUGGGAUGUCCUGAAAUGCACUGGAUCCUAUGGUUGGAGGUCCAGCUCCUCUCACUCUCUUCUCUUCUCUCAGCACUCAGGGUCUCCUCCUCCUGUCUUCUUCUCCUUCAGCCUCUUCUUCAGCUGCUUCCUGGAUAACCUCCUGCUCUGAAGAUGGGGCUCUGAAGACUUGCCUGGAUCCUGAAGGGAUGUUGCUUUGAAUGCCUUUGGCUUUUGGAGAAAGGUGGAGCAGCUUUAAAAGUCGGCCCCAGAAAAACCAGGGGGGGAAGAACUAACUCGACACCACUCAUCGCUCAACGCGUUUUGUGCCGUGUUUUAAAUGUACAUUAAUAUGUCUGGCUCUGAGCCGUAUUCCCUGUUUUGGGAGGAAGGACGUUUGUGUCGGUGGCUCCUGAUAAAUGAAUGUUGUGCUGAACUGGAAAAUUCAGAAUGAUCUGACAGGUCUUGGAAUGGUUGGGUGAGAAGAGGGGACCCGAAGCUCUGCAAUGAGACCGAGGGGUGCUUCCAAAUGCCCGUGGCUUCCUCUUUAAAGAGUGCCAGGAUUAAGAAGGACUUUGGACGUGAGCAAUGGCUGAAGGCGAUGCUGCUCUGAGCAGUGAGCCGCCUGUGGGUCAAGAGGAGCGGCCGUACAAAUGCAAGCAGUGCCCGCGGAGCUACCGCCACGCUGGCAGCCUGGUGAAUCACCGCCAUACCCAUGAGGUAGGCCUUUUCCGCUGCCUGCUAUGCUACAAAGACUUCUCCAACCCCAUGUCCCUGAAGAGUCACCUGCGCACUCAUACGGAAGAGAAGCAUCACAAAUGCCCAGACUGCAGCAGAAGCUUCCAAGUUUCAUCCCAGCUUCCAAGCCACCACUGCCCAGCUCAGGCCAUCCAGGAGCAGGAGGAAAAAGGCAGGAGGGAUGGGAGUUACAGCUUCCAAAGGGGCCAGGGCACGUCUUCUCCAGAUGUGGACUCCCAUUCUGGGAUGGAAGGCAGUAGCAGGAGCCUGUUGUCCAACCUGGAGAAGUACAUUGCUGAGUCGGUGGUGCCAGCCAACUUUUCUCAGCAAGAGUUUCCAAUCCAGAAUGAACAGGAGAAUCAGGAUCCGCUCCCGGAGCAUGACGGGGGUGGGGAGGAGCCUGGACUGCUGGCUGCCCUGGAGGACGAGCGCCGCUACAAAUGCAACCAGUGUGACAAGGCUUACAAACAUGCUGGCAGCUUGACCAAUCACAAGCAGAGCCACACGCUGGGGAUCUAUCAGUGUGCCAUGUGCUACAAGGAGUUCUCCAACCUCAUGGCCCUCAGAAGCCACGCCCGUCUCCACUCGGAGUAUCGGCCCUACAAGUGCCGCUUUUGCCACAAAGCCUUCCGGUUGCCCUCCGAACUGCUGAGCCACCAGAAAGCCCACAGCCAGGAAGAGAGCAAGUCCGCAGACCCAUCAGCUUGGGAGGAUUCAGAGCACGAUGUUUGGGAGGAGGACUCCAUAGAAACAUCAGCAAAGUUGGACAUCUAUCAGCUGCCUCACGUGGGCACAGGCUUCGGAGACAGGGCGCCCUGCAGCCUCAAAGAUACCGCCAAGGCCGGUGGUGGAGAACGCUGUAAUCCAGAUGGAGAGCUGUGUGUCCGCUGUGGUGGGACCUUCGCCGACGAGGAGGAGUUGAAGGAACACAGUUGCCUUUACCCAAAGGAGGCAGAUGAAGAAGAAGAGGAUGAGGGCAGCAGCCCUUUCCAAGCAGCCCCCAGCUCCAAUGAAGCUUGGGAAGCCCAUCUGAAGAGCAAGGGAGGUUUUCCCAUGUCUGGAGAGCGUCCUUUCCACUGCGGGGACUGUGGGAGGACAUACCGCCACGCGGGGAGCCUCAUCAACCACCGGAAGAGUCACCAGAUUGGAGUGUACAGUUGUACCAUCUGUUCAAAACAGUUGUAUAAUUUGGCUGCCUUGAAGAACCACUUGCGGGUCCACCUCAGGUCCAAGCUCAUCUCCUCGGCCCCAGAAGAGGCCUCCCAGCACCCAUCUGGGAUCCUGGAUCCACCAAAAGCACAGGAUUGCCCUGACAACUGCCCAACCCAGGCCUCGGAUGCCUGGAGAGGACCAGUCACCUGUCCCAAGGAAGAGGAAGAAAGGAUUCUCUGGGAGGAAGAGCGACCCUAUCGGUGUGAAGACUGUGGGCGGAGUUAUCGCCACCGUGGCAGUCUGGUGAACCAUCGCCACACUCACCAGACGGGAAUCUUCCAGUGCUCCAUCUGCCCCAAGCAAUACUGCAACCUCAUGGCACUCCGGAACCAC